UCACGCUCUCACAUGGCGCCCCAUUAAUAUAUAGCGCCACCACCCCCCGCUCCAAGCUCCAAGAACUCCACGCACACUCCCAGCUCACUCGCAGACGCACUGCCCGGUGCACCUUCCUCGCUCUAGCCAGCCGCCAGCCAAGCGAGCUAGCCCGGUAGGCCGUGCGGUGCUCACUGUUGCCGCGCCAUGUCGAGCAAGCCGUCGUCCAGGAGGGGCAGCUUCGCGCUGCGGCAGCCGCCGGUGGUGGACGUCGGCUGCAACUGCCGCCGCCCGAAGCUCUUCUCCAGCCUCCUCUCCUCGUCCUCCCUGCCGUUCCGCGGCCGGGGCGGCAAGCCCAAGUCGCCCAACGCCUCCUCCACGUCCACCACCACGGCGUUCACGGCCACGACGCUCGGCGGCCGCAGCGGCACCACGGCCACCUCCGCCGACUCCGCCUCCUGGGGCCCCGCGUCCUUCACCAACAACUCGCUGUACGAGGACCCGGCGGCCGCGCGCCGCCGCGGCCAGGAUGAGCCGGAGCAGGAGACGCGGCGCCGGCGGAGGCAGCGGCGGCGUCGCAGGCGCGCCGCCUGGGACGGCGGCGGCGGCGGCGCUGGGCACGGGGAGCAGGAGGCGGAGGCGCACGGGCGCGUGGCGCGGGAGAGCGUGCCGGUGGCGGUGGAGUCGGCGGAGCCGUACGAGGACUUCCGGGAGUCGAUGGUGCAGAUGGUGGUGGAGAAGGAGAUCUACGCGUGGGACGACCUCAACGACCUGCUCACCCAGUUCCUCACCCUCAACUCGCCGCGCCACCACCCGCUCAUCCUCCACGCCUUCGCCGACCUCUGGACCCGCAACGGCCUCUUCUCCCCUCCCUCGCCGUGCCAGUUCUAGCUACCCUCCUACCACUAGCUAAAAGCUAGCUAGCUGCCGCCGGUCAGCAUUACACCGCCACGGCGCCAUGCACGCACGCACCCACCCCAGUAUUACUCCUGUUUACUAUUGCUUACUGUAACCAUUAGUGUUGUAAUUCCUACUAGCACCUGAUCGAUCGUCAGUCUGUUAACUAGCUAGCUACCCGUGGUACUAGCUCCUCCAUGUCCAUCACUCCAUGGCCGGCCGGGGGAGGUUAUUAAUGGAGAUCCCGGUCGGCGAGAUGGGUCUAGUCUUGAGCUCAAGCUAAGCAUGAUGGUGUAAUCCAAAUCAAUGUAACCGUUAUUCAUGUAAUGUAAUGAUGCGUGCGCGUGGCGCCAUGGCGUUGUAAUGAUAUAAGUAACUGUUUGUGUUUGUGCAUCAAGUAUGUGCACUAGUUAUGCAAUCGUUCACUGCUCAA